GUCAAAUUGAAGCAAGUUGAAAAAUAACUUAUUUUUACUGUUUUUUGACGUCAAAUAUCUCAAAAAACUGUAAAAAUUUGAUGCUGACAUAUAUUGAGCAAUAUGUAGGGAAUGCUUAAAUCUAGUAAUGAUGUAAUUCAUUGCAAGAAAUGAUCUAGUAUAAGGCAAACUUUGAGAAACUUGUCAAUCACAAAACCUGCCAUUGACUUUAUACAUGAGAAAGUUUCCUGAAAAUGACGAAAUCCUACUUUUUGCCAAAUUUUAUAGAGUAAACACCAAAAACUGUAAUUCAAAGAGCUUUGAAAUCUUCAGAGGACAUAAGUUGCAUAUACAGCAACUACUAAAAGUUAUUUGAAAGUUCUACUUCCACAAAGUGUCCAGUAUUUACAGAAAAUUUGACUUUUUGACGUCAAAAUCCACAAUUUCUCGGAAACCGGGCGAACUUGGGAAAUGGCGAUGAUAGGUCAAAUAGGCAUUAUGGAUGUGCAUACAAUGAAUGUGGGUACGACUCAAUCCGAAUAGCAGUUUUAAUUUGUGCGGCCAAUGUUGACGGACGGACCAACGGACGGACGGACGGACCAACGGACGGACGGACACCUGGUCGAUCUCAUAGGCUCACUGUGUGAGCCAAAAACCACAUAUCCCAUGUUAUUCCCCCAGUCUGAGUCUGUGUUUAAUUUAGUUAUUAUUAUACAAACUAAACAAACUAGUCAAAGAAAACAACUGAAAGUCAGGCUUCCCAAACAUUUCAUUGGCGAUGACCUUGAGAAAACAAAAAUAACAUCAUUAAGUUCUGAAACAUUAAGUCUAAUGGGGAUCGCAAGCUGGGAAAUAGCGCUCAGCAAUGUGAAAUUUACAAAAUGUAAGAGUGCCACAGAGAUAGACAAUCAGAGUUUUAAAAAAACCUCAAGGCCCAUAUUGAGCCAAGACAUUUGGCUGCAAAAAUGAAGGUUUUUGCUGG